AACAAACAAAUGCAAAUGCAGCAAAGGCAACGGCAACGCGAGUCCAAAAAGUGCAAUUGCAAUAAUCAUGCGCGCCAGUGCCGCUUCAGUAUGGACAUCUUUAGGCGAUCACAGGGCGUCUCCGGCGGCGUCUGCCAGAACUGUCGUCACUCGACCACGGGCCGGAAUUGUCAUCAGUGCAAGGAGGGCUACUAUCGGGAUCCCAACAAGCCGCUAGAUCAUCGCAAGGUGUGCAAAGCCUGCAAUUGCCAUCUGAUCGGCUCAUCUGGCAAGAUCUGCAACAGCACGACCGGUCAAUGUCCGUGCAAGGACGGCGUCACGGGCCUGACCUGCAAUCGGUGCGCCCCCGGCUAUCAGCAAAGUCGCUCCCACAUCGCGCCCUGCAUCAAGCAACCGCCACGCAUGAUCAAUAUGCUGGAUACGCAGAAUACGGCGCCGGAACCAAAUGAAUCCUCUGAGGGCGUUGGCAUGGACAGAGGCGCCAGCUCAGCGGCCGCCCAAUCGCAGUUCUAUCGCACCGAGGGCGGCAGGGUUUGCGAAAAGUGCAAGGUCAGCACCAAAAGAUUAAAUCUCAACAAAUUCUGCAAAAGAGACUACGCAAUAAUGGCAAAAGUAAUUGGUCGCGAUACGAGCAGCGAGGCGGCCAGUAUCGAGCGCAGGCGCGCAAUGGAUCCGUACGGGGACUACGAAAUGGAUCAACAGCCAAUGGGCGGUCUGGAGUACGAGUAUCGGGCGGGGCCGGGGCCAGCAGCAGCAUUGGCUGGCAUCAGCAGCAGCGCCAGCGUGAUGGAUUACCCAAACGACAGCGACACGGCCCGGUACGAUCUGCUAAUCCAAUCGGUAUUCAAGCGCAGCAGAACCACCGCCUAUGGCAUGCCGAAUACAAUGCUGAAACGAGGUCCUAUGACCUGGAUCAUACCGAUUAAGAAUUUGGAGUGCCACUGUCCCAGGAUCAAAGUUAACAGAUCAUAUUUGAUUUUGGGGCGGGACUCGGAGGCGCCGCCCGGCUAUCUGGGCAUUGGUCCGCGUACGAUAGUUAUUGAAUGGAAGGACGAUUGGUAUCGGCGCAUGAAGCGGUUCCAGAGGAGGGCGCGCAGCUGUGCGUAGAUGAGAUGACCCACCGUCCCCACAUUGCAGUGGCCAUCUUUGUCACACAAAUAAUUUGUCUGUCACUUGUCAAUUUCAUUUACCUACCUUCAAGCUAUAUGUACUUUUUUUUUACUAAACAUAUGUGUAGAUGUGUAGAGCUUAAAUUUAAGAGUUUCAAAUCAAAUCAAAGCGUCGCAACUCAAGUGAAUAUAUUUAUAU